ACAACAUUACAGAACAGGCUAACCUGUGGGAAACACACUUGUCUUUGAUUUCUCACACGCCCCGAUUUGUAAAUCUGAAAGAAGAAAACACAAGUACAUGCACUGUGAAAAUCGGUUGUAACAUUACCGACGUUUACGGUUAUUUUAGGCUCUUCUUGCACGCAGUUGCCGAGGAAAUUUGGACAGAAGCGUGUUCUUUGAUUGAAAACUCUUAUCUUGGCUAACGUCAGGCUAGCCAGACAGCUAGCUGGCUGCUAACAUCGCUAACAGUAGUUAGCCAGCUAGCGAGCUGUAGUAAGUUGCGUCAUGGAGGAGCUGGUUGUGGAAGUAAGAGGGACGAGCGGGGCAUUUUAUAAGGCUUUAAUCAAGGAUGUUCACGAGGGAUCAGUCACUGUGGCUUUUGAAAACAAUUGGCAGCCUGAACGUCAGAUACCAUUCCAGGAUGUGCGCUUUCCUCCUCCAACAGGCCUCAGCAAAGACAUAAAUGAAAGCGAUGAGGUUGAGGUGUAUUCAAGGGCUAAUGACAAAGAGCCAUGUGGAUGGUGGCUGGCAAAGGUUCGCAUGGUGAAAGGAGAGUUUUACGUAAUAGAGUAUGCUGCAUGUGAUGCCACAUUAAAUGAAAUUGUGACACUGGAGAGGUUACGGCCAGUCAAUCCAAAUAAACCAGCUACUAAAAACACCUUCAUUAAGAUCAGACUGGAUGUGCCUGAAGAUCUACGACAGAUGUGCUCCAAGGAGUCCGCGCACAAAGACUUCAAAAAGGCUAUCGGAGCAUUCAGUAUCACGUUCGACUCGGAAAAAAAGCAGCUAGUUAUUUUGUCAGUAAAUGAGGUAACAACAAAGCGGGCCAACAUGAUGAGUGACAUGCACUUCAGGAGCCUCCGUACCAAACUGUCUCUUAUGCUGCGGAACGAAGAGGCCAGCAGGCAGCUGGAGAGUUCCAGACAGCUAGCAUCACGAUUUCAUGAACAAUUUGUAGUUCGGGAUGAUCUGAUGGGUUUGGCCAUUGGGACUCACGGAGCCAACAUCCAGCAAGCCCGUAAAGUUCCCGGAGUCACGAACAUUGACUUGGAUGAAGAGACCUGCACCUUCCACAUAUAUGGGGAGGAUAAAGAUGCUGUCCGUUUAGCCAGGAGUUUCCUUGAGUUCUCAGAAGAUGUCAUUAAAGUUCCCCGGAACUUAGUAGGUAAGGUGAUUGGCAAAAAUGGCAAACUGAUCCAGGAAGUGGUUGAUAAGUCUGGUGUGGUGAGGGUUAGAAUUGAGCCAGAGAGUGAUAAAAAGCCUUCUGCAGCAGCAUCAGCUGUGAAUGAGGGAAUGGUGCCGUUUGUGUUCGUGGGGACAAAGGAAAGCAUUUCUAAUGCAACAGUGCUGCUGGAUUACCACCUCAACUAUCUGAAGGAAGUGGAUCAGUUGCGUCUGGAGCGUCUUCAGAUUGAUGAGCAGCUGAGACAAAUUGGAGGUGGUGGGGGAGGAGGAGGAGCGGGACCCCGAAACCCUAAAGACAAAGCCUACGUGUUUGACAAUGGCAUGGGGUUGGGAAUGGGCAGAGGAGCUGGAGGAGGAGGGAAAACCUAUGCAGGUGGAAGAGGUGGAAGAGGGCGGCGAGGGGGAGGUGCAACUUUCACCUCUGGCACCAACUCAGAGGCAUCCAAUGCUUCAGAGACGGAGUCCGACCACAGGGAGGAGCUCAGCGAUUGGUCACUUGCUCCCACUGAGGAGCUGAUGACAGGAGGCGGGACCCUGCCAAGAAGGAUGGAUGGGAGAAAGAGAGGAGGUGGAGGUCCGAGGGGACGAGGCGGAAGAGGACGAGGAGGAUAUAAAGAAGACAUGCAGUGGAGCGACCCAAGACCUCGCCAUAUCAGAGACCCCAAAACAAGACCCCAAGAAGACACCUUACAGAUUCGCAUAGAUGGGAACAACGAGCGCUGUGUGCAACACUCGUCAGGCGGGCGAGGAGGAGCGGUGCCGUCCUCGUCUCAGAGUGGCCUCAGCGUCGGUGCGGAGGGCCAGUCCCGCCAUCACCAUCAGAGACCCAUGAGAGAACGAGGGAUGAAGAAGGACAAACAGGACGCUCCUGCGCUGGUGAACGGAGUGUCAUAGAUACACCCAUGGAGGACUUUCUCUCACACACACACACAAAGUCACUCACAGGAAACUCAUCGUAAAACAUCACAGUCUUGUUUUUCUUUUUUUUUACUUUUUUUUUGUCUUUACACAUCUUUACAUCUGCAUGGAAGAGUUUACUGAAAUGAAGUCCUAAACCAGAGCUGAUCUGGGAUUUGCUGAUCUGGUUUCUUCUCGCCCCUUGCUGUGUCUCCUGUUCUUCUCCGGACAGAGCAAGCUGUUCUGUUUUUGGACUAAAAAGAAGAAAAGUAGAUAAAGCUUCAUUUCUUACUGAAUUAUUAUCCAAAAUCU